UUAUAAUUAUUUUGACAGCCUCGAUCUGGUUUUGUUUACAAAUGGCGGACGAACAACGAGAUUUAGAAGGUGACGGGGAUAAACAGUCGGAAAACAAUGCCGAUACAGGAAGCAGUCUUGAAAAUUUUGUGACAGACCAUUACCAGAAACAAAAGAAUGAAGGCAGACUUGAUUCAACAGAUGAACUGUCGGAAGAGAGGACUCAAGACUUUUUUGCCAGAGCUCUUGCUGAAAGUCGAAGAAUGAAUGGAGAGGUGAAUAAAUCCAACCAGAAGCUGGACAAGAUCCAUUCAGAGUUCGGUAUAUCAAUGGUCAACUCCUGGCAAGCAGAACAUAUGAAGGAGGUACUCCAACCACAUGAACAUGAUCUCAUCAAGCAGGCCCAGUACCAGAAUCCUAAUGCUCCCAGCUGAUGUAUUGUGAUUGAAGAGAUGAAUAGGGGACAACUUCUUGUUUUACUAUUAGUUAGUUAAAUUAGUAAAUAAUUGUUGGAAUUUGUUAAUUCACCUCGCCAUGCUUUAAGCUAGUUGUUGAGGGGUUGAUUUGUGUUACUCAAAGAUAAAGUUAUUUGUUUGACUUUGUUAAAAACUGUGGUUCUCAAGUUAAGGAUUUAAUCUUAAAUUAGAAUUGAGAACUUUUAACUUCAAAUUAUUGUACAGAUGUAAAGAUUGUUAAAUUGCCAAGACUUUAGCAUCAAAAACAGUAGGAAGUACAUUGAAAUGACUAUAAUUAACUGUGGAAACAAUUUUAUAAGGGGUGUAAGCCUCUUAACUUUGGGCAAAAAUCCUGUCUAUUUUUCAGGGUUGACAAUGUUAAGCUCUUAAAACUCCUUUUUUAUAUGUCCAAUUUGGUCAACCUCAACCUAUAAAAUGGGUUUGUUACAUGUACUUUUAGUACUGAGAAAAUUUUAAGUAUAAAAUCUUCAAAAGUAAUUUAGAACAAGCACAUCAAGCAGGCCCCCAUUUUGGAAUCCUUAUGUACAAAGCUGAUGAAACGGAGGCAGACAAUACUGAUGAAAUAUCAUUAUCUUAAUUGUCAUUAACUGUGUCAUCUAAAUUUUAUUAACCAGGUUUUCAACGAAAACCAGGUUAUUAGAAUGAGGUUGUCGUUGGGCGGGCGGGCGGACAGGCGGGCGGGCGGGCGUCAAACAUUGGUUUCUGUUCAAUGAUAGAUAUUGAUGAAACUUGGUGUGUAGGUAGGUCAAGGUCACUGUUACUAAAAAUAGAAAAAUGGUUUCUGCCCAAUAACUUUAGUUAGCAUUGAUAGAUAUUGACGAAACUUGGUGUGUAAGUUGCUUAUGUGGAGAGCUAGCUUGGGAUUGCUUUUGAGUGGGGAGGGGCUAAGGUCAAGGUCACUAUUACUUAAAAUAGAAAAAUGGUCAAGGUCACUGUUACUUAAAAUAGAAAAAUGGUUUCUGCCCAAUAACUUGAGUUAGCAUUGACAGAUAUUGAUGAAACUUGGUGUGUAGGUAGCUUAUGUGAUGAGCUAGCUUAGGAUUGCUUUUGAGGGGGGUGGGGCUAAGGUCAAGGUCACUGUUACUUAAAAUAGAAAAAUGGUUUCUGCCCAAUAACUUUAGUUAGCAUUGACAGAUAUUGAUGAAACUUGGUGUGCAGGUAGCUUAUGUACAGAGCUAGCUUGGGAUUGCUUUUGAGGGGGGUGGGGCUAAGGUCAAGGUCGCCUGUUACUAAAAAUAGAAAAAUGGUUUUUGCCCAAUAACAUAAGUUAGCAUUGAUAGAUAUUGAUGAAACUUAGUGUGUAGGUAGCUUAUGUGAAGAGCUAGCUUGGAAUUGCUUUUGAGUGGGGAGGGGCUAAGGUCAAGGUCACUAUUACUAAAAAUAGAAAAAUGGUUUCCGCCAACAGUAAUUUUCAUUUACGUCUCUUUUUGAUAAAAGUAAAGAUAAAGUCAUACAACAAAUUAAUUGGCUAUAAUUUCUGAUUGCCCAUAACAAAAACCUGGUUUCGUCGCAUUGCAGCGCUUCUAGUUUAAAUUGUUGGCCUUGUAGUUCACUGUUCACAGCUGUUGGAUUUUAAUUUUGUUCAUUCUUUCAAUGGGUUUAUGAUCCCAUUGAAGUGUUCUAUGAUUGUUUAGAUUACAAUGUUUAAUUCUGAGAUAUACUCAAACGAUUUUUAUACCUUAAGCAUUACUUAUAUUACAUGCUUGCCCAUGUCACUGUCAGCAUAUACAUGAAGUCAGCAUACUGCAGAUUGCUUUUUAGCACAGAAUUGUCUGAACCGUAAUGUGUGUAAGAAUGUUUUAGCUUUAACAAUUUUAAUUCAAUUAUAAUAUAUUAAUUUAUGCAUGUUCUGUCAUACAAAGAAUUUGUUUAUUUAUUAAUUGUAUACCAUUUCAAUUAAUAAAGCUUAUACAAUGUUUUUUUGGUGUGUGAUUUAUAUACAAGAAUAGAAAGUGCUUAAGCCUUUCUUUGUAGCAAAAGGCAUUUCAA